AUGGAUUCAGCAAAGAAAAGCGGUGGCGUAAAAAGUAAACAUCGUGCGUUGUCGAUCGCAGAGAAAGUGGAAGUGCUUAAAAAACUUGAUAGCGGUGUGUCUGUGCGAACCAUUUGUGAAACAUACAGCAUCGGCUCUUCAACAGUGUAUGAUAUUAAAAAACAGAAAGAAAAACUGUUAAAGUUCUUUUCUGACAGUGGAUCAAAAAGGAAAAUGUUUGUAAGGAAGUCAAUGUCGGAGGGAAAAAGUGCGGAACUAGACCAAGUUCUCAUAACCUGGUUUAAACUUCGUGUAAAUGAAGGUGUGGAAAUUUCUGGUGAUUUAUUAAAGGAACAAGCCAAAGUGUUUCAUGAAGAGCUGGGAUUGCAACACAAGUGUGACUAUACAGAAGGUUGGCUGCAACGUUUCAAGUCGCAACAUGGCUUACAGUUUCGUGCAGUAUAUGGUGAAAAAUGUUCAGCAGACAAGGAUGCAGCUAGUGCCUAUGUGGAUGAAUUUGCAAAGUUAGUUAGUGAUGAACAUUUAAGUCCUGAACAAGUGUACAAUGCUGACGAGACUGCCUUAUUUUGGAGAUGUACGCCAAAAAGAACUCUGACAACUGAGGAUGCAGAAUCGCCAUCGGGGUUUAAAGCUUCGAAGGAUCGCGUCACGGUAAUGUGCUGCUCUAAUGCUGUGGGUACCCAUAGAUGUAAGUUGCUUGUUAUCGGAAAAAGUCCGGAGAGAAAUGCCUGUACAGGUAGUGAUGAAGAUGAAAGCAGUGAAGAAAAUGAGGAAGAUGUGAGAGACAGAAUCUCUAUUGACAGGUUAAUUGCGUUGACAACUGAACUGCUGGCUGGACUAGAGCAACGAAGUUUUAAAAUAGCUAGGAAGCAGGAAAAAGCAACAGCGGUGUCCACACUUGAUAAUCCACUGCCAUCAACUUCAAGACAAGUUGAAGCUGUUCCUGUUGCUGAGGAUGUUGUCACUGUCAGUGAUAAAGAUGAUAAUCCUGACAGCCAAUCUGCUGUUUAG